UUUUCAGGUUAAAAAUUAGCAUGAAUAACAUAAAAAUAGUCACAAAUUACAUUAGUAUUUAUUUUCCCCUUUAAUCUGUGGUGAUUUCCAUUACCCAGAAGUUCUCCGUGACAGCCAUAAACACAUACAACAACAUAACUGGCAAAAUUCCGUCAAAAUCCUCACAUGGAUUGCUUGAAAAGAAUAGUCUAGAUGCCACACACGCGCGCCAACAAAAAGUCUAUUGCUAUCAAGUGAAAUACAAGUUAGUCCAAAAACACCAGAAAAGAGGAGAGGGGACAAAUAACUUACUGGUUGAAGGCAUACCUUGAAGAGGAGGAAAAAAAAAUCGCAAUUUUGCUGGGCAGCCAAUGACGAACGAUGAAAGUGGAUUGUUGAAGACUUGAAGCACCGCCACUCCACCUCCCUCUCCCGCGACGCCAACGUCCACUAAAGACCUUCAAAUUGAGUAAUGGCAGCAAGUGAUUUGCGUUUGGAAGCAGCCCAGAAUGCCAUAAACUCAAUUGGGUUGGGUUUUGACAUAACGCAAGAUAUAAGUUUUGACAACUGUAAGAAGGGUUCGAGGUUGAUAUUUGUCAAUGAGGAACAGUGCCGUCAUCUUGAGAUUCCUGGAGGGGUUUCAAUUCCAAAUGUCCCUAACUCCAUCAAAUGUGUCAGAGGAGAAUCAAUUAGAUUCGAAUCGGAUGUUCUCACCCGGGAUCAGAUGAUGGAGCACUUCAACCAGCAAAUGCUCCUUUCAGGAAAUCUUGCAAGUGGUCAUUUAUGUGCUUCAUUUGGGUUAUCUGAUCGAAGUAUAAAAGAUUUGGCUUCUAUCAAGUCUCUUGCUUAUGAUGGUUGGUUUAUCAAACGCUAUACCAUUGAAUUAGAAAGGCAUCACUGUAAAAUCCUUGAUCAGGUCGAAGAAGCAGUGCCAUCAUCAUGGGACCCUGAGGCACUGGCAAGGUUUAUACAACGUUUUGGAACUCAUGUCAUAGUUGGGGUGAGCAUGGGAGGGAAGGAUGUGUUAUACCUCAGACAAGAGGAUACAUCAUAUCUUGGUCCAACUAGUAUUCAGAAACUUUUGAAGGACACAGCUAGCAGGAAGUUCAAGGAUUCUGCAGAAAAUCAUAGCAUAGCUUCUGAAGAUUUAUUUAACGAAAAAAAUCUUUUUGUGAUACAUAGUAGGAGAGGUGGAAGCAUUCAAAAGAUGUAUCAUAGUGAAUGGUUGGAUACUAUUGACUCGGAACCUGAUGUAAUAUCAAUGCUUCUUCUCCCUCUGACAUCCCUUUGGAAUAGAAGCGGCAGAAAUGGAUUUGUGAGCCAUGCCAUAAAUCUCUAUCACCGUUACAAACCUCCAAUUGAAGACCUUCAUCAAUUUUUGGAGUUUCAGCUACCAAGACAUUGGGCACCUGUAGCUAGUGAGAUAAGCCUUGGUUCUCAUCAUAAGCAUCAAGUGAACACCUGGAUACGAUUUAGUAUCUUGGGUCCCAGGCUUUACAUAAAUACAAUUCCAGUGGAUGUAGGUAAUAGACCAGUGGUUGGGCUAAGAUUACAAUUGGAAGGGAGAAGCAGCAAUCGGUUGGCCAUUCAUCUGCAGCAUCUGGCUUCUCUACCCAAGUCCUUAUCAGUUUCUGACAACUCAAAUGCUUACUUGUCUUGUGACUCAUAUAACUGCAAUUUGCAUAAGAAAGUUAAAUGGAACUCCUUAUCAUAUGUUUGUACUGCUCCUGUUGAAUCGGAUGAUAGUGUUUCCAUUGUGACAGGAGCUCAAUUACAGGUUGAAAACAAGUGUCUCUUUUUAAGGCUAUGUUUCUCUAAAGUCAUUGGUGUCACUUUACGGAAGGCACCUGAGUGGGAUCAAUCCCCCAGUCUUGGCCAGUUCAGCAUCAAGACUUGGGGCAUCUUAACAACAUUUAUUUCCAAAGCGGAACAAAGGGAUCAUCCAAAGCCGGGUGAUGUAACCAUUGGUUCCAGUAUAUAUUCUGCUGCACGCCUUGCACCAGUGCGCACGCCUAAGCUUCUAAGGUUUGUUGACACAACGGAAAUUAUGCGAGGACCGGUAGAUACUCCCGGACAUUGGGUUGUAUCCGGAGCAAGGUUGCAUGUUCAGGAUGCCAAAAUAUAUUUGCAUGUUAAGUAUUCACUAUUUUCCUUUGCUAUGCAAACUGAAACUGGAGCUUCACAAGUACUUUAAUCAUCACUUCACCUUCCUUUUCUAUCAAAGGUGCUUCACUGUCUUGUUGCUUGCAUAGCUAAUUAACUUCUUUUGGUUA